AUGAACACUCAAGAGCUCAACGACAUUGCGGUUGCCCUAGAGAAGGCACGCAUUAGCCGGACUCCUAUUGAUCCCCCCAAGAAAACCUACCCUAAUCUUACUGCCGAUGGCGCCUUCGAGGUUCAGAGGAUAACCGUCCAGAACGCAGUCAAAAAUGGUGAUCGCCUUGUAGGAUACAAGCUGGGCAACAUCGCCAAGGUCAUGCAAGCUGCGUUUGGCCUAGAUCAUCCAGACUACGGCUUCCUGUUGGCCGGCGGCUUCCUACACGAGGGCCAAAAGAUCUCUCUAAGCAAGUUCAUCAAGCCGUACGUCGAGCUGGAGCCUGCAUUCGUCCUCAAGGGCCACCUGAAAGGUCCCAAUGUGACUAUCGCUGAUGUCGUCCGCGCCAUCGACUUCGCCAUCCCUGCUAUUGAGAUUAUCGACUCUCGUGUCAAGAACUGGGCUAUCGGCCUCGAGGAUACUCUGGCCGACAACGGCUCCCAGGGCGGCAUUAUUUUAGGCGGCACCCCACGUCAGGUCACCGACCUCAAUUUACAUAACACUAAAGGUGUCUUGAAGUUCAAUGGGACGGAGAUUAUGACGGGUAACACGUCAAAUAUCCUGGGUAACCCGCUGGCGGCUACGGCCUGGCUGGUUAACCGCCUCGCGGAGUACGAUGUUGAGUUUCUGCCGGGUCAGGUCAUCAUGCCCGGUAGUUGUUUGCAGGCGAUGCCGAUGGACAAGCCUGGCCGGUGGACCUGCAGUUUCGAAGGUUGGGGAACUAUUGAAUUCGAUGUCGUGGAGUGA